AAUAAAUAGAAUGUCUAAUGUUAUUUUUCUUAAGUAAAUUGACUUUUAAAGUUUCAUCUACUUUUACACCUUUCUUUCCUCUUCUUAAAAUUGUUUAGAACAUUUAUUAUUUUCUAAGUUGUUUAGUGAAAAUUUAAUUUUGACAAUAAUGCGAUUAAUCUUUCACUAAUUAAAUGAGAAAAGNAAUAAAAUGAUAUUUUUGAAUAUUCUACUUUUCAUUUUUCUUCUAUAUUUAUAUUUAAAUUUCAUUAUGAUAAAUUCAGAUAUUAUAAUAUUUAUUGAAAAAAUUAAUCAAAUGUUACAAACACUUUCGACUGAGUUAAAUAAUAUGCAGAGCAAAAGUAAAUAAUAAGAUCAGAGAAUAGAGAAUUUAUAUAUUAGUUUUUAAGAAAUAUAUCAAAUAUAAAAUAAUUUGAAUAAUCCAGGUUCAACUAAGCAUAACAUGCUAUAUUAGGUUAGACCUGAAGUUUUCAAUUAAAUAUUAAUCUUUCUAGAUAUUAAACAAAUUUUACAAUUUAGAUUGGUAAGCAGAAGAGCAAAAGAAACUGUAAAAUAAAUGCUUCCAAAAUAAAUACAUAAUUUAUAAAAGUUAAUAGAAGAAUAAUAAAAUGAAAUAUAAAUCAAGAUUUAAAGUGCAUAGCAGGCAGGCAACAAUCAAGAUUAGAAAUAAGGUUUACAAGCAGCAUUAGAUGGAUUAUCUAGAAUUACUAAAGCUGGUAUUGUAGAACUGAAAAGCUUUGCAAGACCACCUGAAUUAGUUGAAAAGAUUAUUAAUCUAAUUUGCCUAGUUUUAGAUCCGACUUUUAAGAUACAAAAAGAUAAUUGGAAAGAGUGCCAAAAGUACCUAAAUUAAUAAAAUUUUAUAUUAUUAAUCAUCAAUUUAGAUAUUAGUAGUUUAAGCGAAAAACAGUUAUAAUAGCUUGAAUCAGUCAAUAGUAUUUCAGAAUAAUAAGCAGCCGCAAUGUCCAUAGUCGCAACUUCUAUCCUCAUUUUUUUGAAAGCUGUAUUAGAAUUAAGAUAGUCUUAAGUUUACGUGACAUAAAAUGCGAUAAAAUAAUUAGAGAGCAAAAUAAAGAAAGAACAAAAAUUAGUUGAUAAACUAGGAAAGAUCAUUCAUAAAUGA